AUGAUCCUAGAUUAUUUGGAUUUAUUGCACGAGAUUGUAGGUGAAGUAACUGAGGUUGGUAGCAAGGUGGAGAAAGUUAAGGUUGGGGACAAAGUGGGAGUAGGAUGUUUGGUUGGAUCAUGUCGCCAGUGUGAUCAAUGCACCAAUGAUCUUGAAAACUACUGUCCGAAAGUGAUAUGGACCUAUGGCUCGGUUUACACUGAUGGUACCCUUGCACAUGGAGGUUAUUCUAAUUUAAUGGUUGUUGAUGAGCACUUUGUUGUUAAUUGGCCCGAGAACUUGCCCCUUGACAUUGGUUCUCCUCUCUUAUGUGCUGGGAUUACGACUUACAGCCCCUUGAGGUACUUUGGACUUGACAAGCCCGGAAUGAAUAUUGGUGUAGUUGGGCUUGGCGGGCUUGGACAUGUAGCUGUGAAGUUUGCCAAGGCUUUUGGUACUAAGGUUACAGUUAUCAGUACAUCUAUUAAUAAGAAGAAGGAAGCUAUUGAAAAGCUUGGUGCUGACUCGUUUUUGGUUAGCUGUGAUCCAGAGGAGAUGCAGGCAUCUGCUGGGACGUUGGAUGGGAUCAUCAAUACUGUAUCUGCUACUCACCCUCUUGUACCCUUGAUUAGUUUGUUGAAGCCUCAUGGAAAGAUGGUACUGGUUGGUGCUCCGGCACAGCCAUUCGAGUUGCCAGUGUUUCCCUUGAUGGCAGGUAGAAAGAUAAUAGCUGGCAGUGGAGUUGGAGGAAUGAAAGAGACCCAAGAGAUGAUUGAUUUUGCAGCAAAGCACAACAUAUUACCAGAUGUUGAGAUCAUCCCCAUUGAUUAUAUCAACACUGCAAUUGAUCGCCUUACGAAAUCUGAUAUUAAAUACCGAUUUGUUAUUGACAUUGCAAAUUCAUUGAAGCCCGAGUAA